CACACACACGAUUAAGUGGGAACAGUGUGAAGGAGAUCGAAGGAGAAGAUGAAGAUGGGACUUGGCAUUUCAAGGCUCUCAAGUCUUGUUCCAAUCCUGUUCUCCAUUGUUGUAAUGGGCUGCUGCUUGAUUGCUGCUGAAGGUGGUGAUGACUGCCAAGAGAGUGGCAAGUUGCCAGGGAAGAACCCCCCACCUGGGAAAUGCAAAGAAGACGACAACUCAAAGUGCUGUGCAGAAGGCGAGAGCUAUUCCAUCUUCCAGUGUUCGCCGCCGGUGACUGAGCAGACAAAGGCCAUCCUAACUCUGAACAGCUUUCAGGAAGGCGGAGACGGCGGAGGGCCAUCAAAGUGCGACAACAUGUAUCACUCCGACGACGAAGCGGUGGUGGCACUUUCAACAGGAUGGUUCGGGUCCGACGACAAUAAUAGGUGCCACAACAGCAUCAUUAUCUCCAGCAACGGAAAGGAGGUGAAGGCGACGGUGGUGGAUGAGUGUGACUCCACACAAGGCUGUGAUGAAGAGCACGAUUUCCAGCGUCCAUGCCGUUAUAAUGUCGUCGAUGCUUCCAAAGCAGUUUGGAAGGCUUUGGCUGUGGACGAAAACGGCAAGGACGAGCCUGAAAUUGAAUGGUCCGAAGCAUAGAGAAUAUAUAUAUAUAUAUAUAUAUAGUCACGAGAAGUGAUAUGUAUUUCUACAAUAAUCUAUCUCUAUGCACUGGGGGCUGGUUUCCAGUGUGAUAGUGAGUAUUUGGCCGCAUGCCAAUUUUAUAUUUUAAAAAUCUUUAACAUAGAAAACUGAUCCCAAUUAUGCAGAGAAUGACAGUUCUA